GCCGCCCUUCUCUCGAGGCUGACUCGGGAGCAGCGCCACCGCCGCGAACCGCCGCCGUUGGCCCGGCAUGGCCAUGGCGUCCCCGGCCAUCGGGCAGCGUCCCUACCCGCUGCUCUUGGACCCAGAACCGCCGCGCUACCUGCAGAGUCUGAGCGGCCACGAGCCGCCGCAGCCGCCGCCCCCCGGCCGCUCCUCUCGCCGCUGCGCCCCCGCUCCCCUCUCCACUGCGCGUGGGGCGCACGAGGGGCGCGGCGCCCGGAGGGCUGCCCGGGGGGACCCGGAGCCCCAACCUCGGGCCUCCCGACCCGCUCGCCCUCUCCGGCCUGGUCUGCAGCAGAGGCUGCGGCGGCGGCCUGGGGCGCCCCGGCCCCGCGACGUACGGAGCAUCUUCGAGCAGCCGCAGGAUCCUCGCGUCCCGGUGGAGCGAGGCGAGGGGCACCGCUUCGCCGAACUGGCGCUGCGGAGCGGCCGGGGCUGGUGUGACCUGUGCGGAAGAGAGGUGCUGCGGCAGGCGCUGCGCUGCGCUAACUGUAAAUUCACCUGCCACCCGGAGUGCCGCCAUCUGAUCCAGCUGGACUGCAGUCAGCAGGGAGGCCCAUCCCAGGACAGACCCUCUCCAGAAAGCACCCUCACUCCAGUCUUCAGCCAGAAUGUCUGUAAACCCCCGGAGGAGACGCAGCGCCCGCCCACACUGCAGGAGAUCAAACAGAAGAUUGACAGCUACAAUACCCGGGAGAAGAACUGCCUGGGCAUGAAGCUGAGUGAAGAUGGCACCUACACGGGUUUCAUCAAAGUGCAUUUGAAACUUCGGCGGCCAGUGACCGUGCCUGCUGGGAUCCGGCCCCAGUCCAUCUACGAUGCCAUCAAGGAAGUGAACCUGGCGGCCACCACGGACAAGCGGACGUCCUUCUAUCUUCCUCUGGAUGCCAUCAAGCAGCUGCACAUCAGCAGCACCACCACGGUCAGUGAGGUCAUCCAGGGGCUGCUCAAGAAGUUCAUGGUUGUGGACAAUCCCCAGAAGUUUGCACUUUUUAAGCGGAUACACAAGGACGGGCAAGUGCUCUUCCAGAAACUCUCUAUCGCUGAUUGCCCCCUGUACCUGCGCUUGCUGGCUGGGCCUGACAAUGACGUCCUCAGCUUUGUGCUCAAGGAGAAUGAAACUGGAGAGGUGGAGUGGGACGCCUUCUCCAUCCCUGAGCUCCAGAACUUCCUCACGAUCCUGGAAAAAGAGGAGCAGGACAAAAUCCAACAAGUGCAGAAGAAGUAUGACAAGUUUAGGCAGAAACUGGAGGAGGCCUUAAGAGAAUCCCAGGGCAAACCUGGGUAACCGGUCCUGCUUCCUCUUCUGGUGCCCGCGGAUUUAUUUUUAUGAUUAUUUUGCAACAGACACUUUUUCUCAGGACACCUCCAGCGGGUGCAUUUGUGCCCACCUGGCAGUUCCAGAUGUGGCACGAAACCUCUGAGGGGCGCAGGUGCGCGCGGGCCAGGCGCUGCCUGCCGCUCGCUGCUGAGGAGGGGGAUGGGGGACAGAGCAGCCUCAGUCCUGGGCGAUCCUCCCGGAAGCCAACCGGCUGCCUCUGUCAUCACCGAACCGCAAUUGUUCGCACCAGCCGGUAAAGGAAAGAAGAAAGGUUUUAGAGCUGUUAUGUUCUUUCUCUGGCUUUUAUUCUUCUUCAGUUUCUCUCGUAUUUGCCGCCCACAGACCUUUAUUUAUGAGUCAAAAAUUGUAGCAUAUUCCUCUAGCAGAUCUGAGCUGAGCCCUGGAAAGCAGGAUAAUGCUCGUAAAAGGACUGUUCCCCAAUGUGCCCAUUGUUCAUGCUCAAGGGAAGGUUAUAAAGCCACUGGCCCCAGAUGCUCAGGUAGGGAGCACCAAAGCCUGAGGCUGGCUCGGAGGCUUCCGGAGAAGCCGCAGCCCGCCCUGGCCCUCAUCGCUCGAGUCCGUGCACGUAAACCCAAAGGCAUAUGUUAUCUGCGCAAGUGUGACAGUCACGUCUUUGUCGUGAACAGACAAGUGUUUGUUUUUAAGUUACAGUUUUGAAUUUGACAUUGCCAUCAUCAUGUGUUUCCACCAAAGGGAAACCAACCAUUCACCAUUUUGAAUGUCUCCUGUGAGAAUGGAAAUCAGGCGGUCUGAGAAAGCCGAGAGACGUCGCAGAGAAGUGUGUCCAACUUGCCUUUGGCCUUCCCCCAGCUAGCAAGCUGGGGAGGGCCUGGCUGCCUUGCUGUCCCCCUUGGGCUGCAGCACGGCCUGUCUGCUUCCACCAGGACUCAGGUGCUGUCCAAGGAGGCACCUUGACUACAGACUGGGGAACCUCCAGCUCAGCCACCAGGGGAGUCCUUUUGUGUUCUGAAGCCCGGCCCGCCCGUGGCACUGUGCUCAGUGAGCCUGUGGGCUGGCUUCCCGCUGACCUCAGUGCCUUUUUGUUUUCAGAGAGAGGAGCAGGGUGCAUUUGCUUGAUGCUCUACUGCCGGCUUGCUCCUGCCAGGAAGUGGCCCACGGCGGUGUGGGGGGCAAGGCAGGAGAGCCCUCCCUCCAAGGCUGGUGCAAGAGUCAAAGACCUUCCCAUCUGAGAUCCUGGGCUUUGACUCCCAAGAAGUGAUGUCAACCGCAGGGACAGGGUGGGUCAGAUUCCUAACUUACAUCUGUACUGGCUCCCCGUUCAGGUGCAAACUUAAAAAUGAACUAGACAAACAACUGAAGCGAGUAGCCAGGACUGCGAAGACACUCCAGUGCGGAGGGAGAAGGACUUUUAACUUCCAAAGCAGGGACGGUUUUCCCAUCCAGCCUCUCAGAGAUCACUUCUUCGCUCCUCUGCCUUCCCAGGUCCUGCUUGGGUCAGGUUGAGCCCCAGCUUGUGUAGCCUCAGAAGUCCCCUCCCUGACCCUUGCUGCAUCCUCACUGCCCCUGAUCCCAGAAGGAAUGCUGACCCCUUGUCAUCCAAACUGUGUCGUCUUCAAAGCUGCAGAAGCAAGACGAGCUAGCAGCUCAAGAUUUUUGAGAACCGCCCACCCCCCCCGCUCCCCACACCCUGGUUAUCUGCCAUCUCCUGCUCAGCCUUAUCGCUUCCCUCCCUUAAGAAAUCUCUCCCUGCUGUAUAUUAAAGGGAGUGGGUAGAGAGCCCCUUUUUCCUUCAUGCUGCAUGUCUGUAACAUUAAUGGAAGGCACGGCUCCUGCUGCAGCCACUGUGAAUGCUGCUGAGGGCCUCCCGCUGAUGGGGUGGCCAUUUUAUUUUUGAGAAGGAAAAAAAAGUCACGUCCAUAUAUACGUAAGGGCAUAUAGCUAUAUAUACAGAGAUAGGGGUGUUUAUGAAAUAAGAAGAUUAUGGGAAAAUUCCGACUUUAUCUAAAGCACAGUUAGACCCAGGACCCGUGCCGAGUCCCGAGCCUUGGAACAUAGUCUGUGUGAAUUAUCCCUUCCCCCCCCAGAGGUGAGUAUGACUGCUGGUAGUGCCUUCUACCCUUGUGUUGCCCAGUGUGUACGUGUUUGUCUUGAGGAUAUUUUCUUUUUAAGUGUCUUUCUUAGAUGGGUUUAAAAAAAAGUAAUAAAAGCUUGUUGCAAAAAGGA